GUGUUGCGUUCCAAACCGCGGUCGGUCGCGCACCUUUCGCUGCACGUGCCAAUAUCUCGUAAAACAUUUUUUAUAAAUAUUCGAGAUUUCAUUAAAAAGGUGUUAGUUUUUUUUAUUAGUUGUGUGUGUAGUGCAUUUAAAAUGGUUAGAAAAAUCAGUGCACUCGUCUGCUGUUUCUGCGUGUUUGGAAUAUCGCUUAGUGAUAGCGCGAUUUCCGCUGAAAGUGAAACGAGAUGUAGGAACCCGCCGACAGCGCCGCAGAAGAUCGAGCGAGUCAUCACGUUGUGCCAAGAUGAAAUCAAACUCUCUAUCCUCAGAGAGGCACUGGACGUGAUUAAGGAGGAGCACACGAUGCCGGCGCAAAAGCGGCGCAACAAGCGCGACGUGCCCUUCACGCACGACGAGAAACGGAUCGCCGGGUGCCUUCUACAAUGCGUGUACCGGAAGGUGAAAGCUGUGGACGGCUACGGGUUCCCAACGCUAGAGGGCCUCGUAGGCCUGUACUCGGACGGCGUGAACGAGCGCGGGUACUUCAUGGCGGUGCUCGAGGCCUCCAGGGAGUGCCUCAUGAAGAACCACGACAAGUUCUCCAGGACAGUGCCCAUGGACAACGGGCGUAACUGCGACGUAUCGUUCGACAUCUUCGAGUGCAUAUCGGACCGCAUCGGCGACUACUGCGGAAACUCCGGCCUCUGAACCAGGACGAACGCAGUCUUAUCUUAAAGCUUUAUUUUACUGUUACGACUGUCUUUUCCAUGGCGCUUUACGUUCUUUUGCAAUGAUAAGUAAUAAACCGUUUCGGUCCCAGUUGUAAAAUAUCCUCAAAAUUCAACAUUAAAUAAAGAGAUUUUUUUUGUGUAGGUUUUCAAAACACUCGCCCUACCAUAAAAUAUGAUAAAAAAUACUACUUUUCACCUUGCAAAUUUUUAAGUCGUCAAGUAGGCGGGCUAAUUUAAGUUACCACUUAUUUCAUAAGAGAAUGUGAUAAGAACAGUGUACAUAGAGUGAUAAAACUUAUAUUUACUAAAUUCUAAUGCUCAAUAACAUAGCUUAUAAACAAUAAUUAUUCUAAGAUUAAAUUUUCGUAAAAGCCAAA